AAUGCUUAAAAACCCAAGAGUAAAGGAAUGUCUAACAUCUCGAUUGUAAUAAUAGGAAUGUUGCAAAUUAUAAGGACAUGAAAAUAAUUUGAUUUAAUUUGUUUGUGCUUGUCAUGAAUGUCCAUAUCGAUAUUAGAAAGCAUGUGCACAUUGUGUAAUAAAAUUACAUGGGAAACAUGUAGAGGAUAUGAAAGAAAUAGAUGAAUUUGAUUAAAUAAUAAAUGAAAACAGUAAGAAAGCAAAGAGUUUAAUGAAAGAGAGUGAGGAACUGAUUUAAUAAUUGAAUAAUCCAUUUAGCAAUUUCUUUAAAUAAUUGAAAUAACAAUUGAAUGAGAUAAUUGAUAGUGUUUAAUAACGAUAUCUAGUAUAAAAUUAAGAGAGAGCAUAAUAAUUAAUAAAGAAUGAAUUAGAUUUGAUAAAUUAAUUCAAUUAGAAUGUAUGGAUUAAAUAGAACCGCUAUUUAAAUGAUCAUUCUCUGACGCAAUAUGAUCGAUCAUUAAAGACAGCCUAAGAGAAGUUGAAUAAUGCAUUUUAGUUAUUUGAAUUGAAAUAGUUGUUAGAAACAAACUUAAUAAUCUUAAUUGAAGAUUUUGGUAAAAAUAAUGGAAUGAGUUAUAUUAGCAAUACUAGUAGGAAUAUGAGUUAAAGACAUAAUAGUUGUCAUAAUACAAUGACUCCAAGAUCAGCAUUAAAUGUGUUUAAUCACAAUAUUAGUGUGGUUAGAUCUAAGAAAAUUAGGAAUUGAUU